UAAAGCAAGCAAAAACUGAAACAUUAAAAAGGGUACAGACAUGAGCUGGAUGUAUUUCUGAAUAUCAGAAACAAUCAGUUUCAUCAUCCACAUGCUGGGCUGUGUGGAUAUGUUGCAGUUUCGCAUUUUGAUAUUUGCUGUGCUAGUCUUCCAAGGUCUGGGCUGUGAACAAAUCACUGAAAAAAUUACAGAUUCCCUGAUUAGUGGAAAAGUUGGAGGAUUGGUCCUUUUGCCUGCACAAAUACCACUAAGCCUUGAAAAGUAUGCUGUCAUUUGGCACCAAGUAUGCAAAUCCUUUUUGAUUUCAAUAUCUGUGUGGAAAAAUGGAACAAUACAGUAUGCAGCCCCAUACAAAGGACGUGCUAGACUGUAUACAAACAACUUUACACUUCAGCUCAACAAUGUGACUCAGGAUGACUCUGGUCAUUACCAGGUAACACUUAAGCAUGGACGACUAGAAAACAGAGGCAAAGUCCGACUUGAAGUCCUUGGUACCCCUGCUUAUGACAAUGUCACAUUACUUAAUGCCAGUUCAUCAAGAUGGCAGAAUGACAGCUACAGAGAUUCAUUCUUAGUGAAAGAAGGUCCUGUUUCAUCCUUACUCUGGAACUACUGUGUCAUGCGUGGUCUUGCAAUGAUUUUAGUCUUUACAACCAUUCAUCUCUACACUUGCUACUUGGAACAUCACAUGAGUAAAAGAUAUUUGCAAAGAGGAAUGCAAGUUCAGAAUUGAUCCUCUGAUCCUGGAAAUGGAAGCCAUGUCAAUAUGAAAAGUCAAAUAUUCUUUCUGAAGGAGUAAUUACUGGCUGCAAAAUAAAAUGUGCUUUGUUCUUAAGCAAUUGCUGGCUGCUGUCUGCUGCAUAAAAUCUGCUUUGUUCUUAUUAAGUCUAAUUACAGGAAUUUCUGGAACUAUGUAAUGGCAGAAAAAUAAGGAAAGAAAAAUAAAGUCUGCAUUUCUAUUUUA